AGCGCAAUUCGCUACCGAAUGCUUCCGUCUAGGGCGUUCUGACUGGAAGUGGCUUAUUGCAGCUGUAAAAAUGCAGCAAGUACUAGACCACAAACGUGUGGCCAGCUCGUCAGGCCGCACUGCAACUCCAGCUUUCAUACCUAAUGGCCGUCGCCAUGCUCCUUCUGCUCGUUUAUUAAGGAAAGCUGCAAGUUUGGUUAGUUGGGUGCAGUCAGAGCAGGAUCCUUGCACUAGCGGCCGGAGAUGUGGAAUUAUAGCUCGAGUUGCCGAGGUAUCGACUGUCAGGCCUCAGAAAGCGCCCUCCCAACCAGCGGAGCAGCCCAUCGCUGCGACGGUGGAAACCGUAAGCAGCCCGGAGACGGAGAAGUCAAGGACUGGGUCAUCGGGCAUUUCCUCGGGCAUUCGGUUAGAGAACAUCUCCAUGACGUUCAAGAACCAGCAGGUGCUCAAAGACUGCAGCUGGGAGGUCAAAAAGGGCGAGCGAGUGGGUCUUGUAGGCGUCAACGGCGCGGGUAAGACCACCCAGCUGCAGAUCAUCAUGGGUCGCCUGCUGCCGGACGCGGGCGAGGUGGUCAAGGCGCGACGCAACAUGCGCAUCGCCUACCUGGCGCAGGAGUUCGACGUGCAACCGGGGCGCAGCGUGCGGGAGGAGUUCUACUCGGUGUAUGAGGCGCAGCUCAAGAUCAAGCGGCGGCAGGAGGAGCUGAGUGUGUCCCUGGAGAGUGUGGGGGACGACAUGGACCUCAUGCAGGGGCUGCUGGACGAGCUGGACAAACUCAACAAGCAGGUGUUGGACAUGGACAUCGAGCUGCUGGAGACGCGCAUCAACCAGAUGAUGCCCGAGCUGGGCUUCAGCGCGGAGGACAAGGAGCGACCCGUGGGCAGCUUCAGCGGGGGCUGGCAGAUGCGCAUGUGCCUGGGCAAGCUGCUGCUGCAGGACCCCGACCUGCUGCUGCUGGACGAGCCCACCAACCACCUGGACCUGGACGCCAUCCAGUGGCUGGAGGCCUACCUGCGGAAACAGGACGUGCCCAUGGUGAUCGUGAGUCACGACCGCGAGUUCCUGGACCAGCUGGCCACCAAGAUCGUGGAGACGGAGCGGGGGGUGGCCACCACCUACCCGGGCAACUACACGCAGUACGUGGCAAGCAAGAGCGAGAAGACGGCGCUGCAGUGGGCCGCCUGGGAGAAGCAGCAGAAGGAGAUCGCCAAGCAGGAGGAGAUCAUGCAGCGGCUGGCGGGCGGGGCGCAGAGCGGGCGAGCCAGCCAGGCUGAGAAGGCUCUGGAGCGCAUUCGCGCGGAGGGGCUCAUCGAGAAGCCCUUCGUGCCCAAGCGCAAGGCCUUCACCUUCCCGCCGGUGGAGAAGAUGGGGCAGCGCGUGCUGUCCAUCGAGGGCCUCACACACGGCUACCCGGGGCGGCCGCUGUUCCAGGAGUGCAGCCUGGACAUCAUGAAGGGAGACCGGGUGGCCAUCAUCGGGCCCAACGGAGCGGGCAAGAGCACGCUGCUGCGGCUCAUCAUGGGUCGCGAGGCGCCCCAGCGCGGGUCGGUGCGGCUGGGCGAGCACAACAUCGUUCCCAACUACUUUGAGCAGAACCAGGCGGAGGCGCUGGACCUGGAGCUGAGCGUGCUGGACACACUGGUCAAGUCCGCCCCUGACGCCAAGCUGAACGACCUGAAGGCGCUGCUGGGCCGCAUGCUGUUCAGCGGGGCAGCCAUGGAGAAGAAGGUCCGCGUGCUGAGCGGCGGCGAGAAGGCGCGUCUGGCGCUGGCCAAGUUCAUGUGCACCCGCGGCACGCUGCUGGUGCUUGACGAGCCCACCAACCACCUGGACAUCCCCUCCAAGGAGAUGCUGGAGGAGGCCAUCCGGGCCUUCCAGGGGGCUGUCAUCGCGGUCAGCCACGACAGGUACUUCCUGCGUCAGAUCGCCACCCGCGUGCUGCUGGUGGAGGGGCGCAAGCUGCAGGACUAUCAGGGCGACUACGAGUACUACCUCACACAGAACGAGGACGAGGCGGUCAAGAUGCAGGAGAAGGAGGCCAAGGUGAAGGAGAUCGAGAAGGACAACAUCAAGGCCAAAUCCAAGAUGACCAAGGCCGAGAAGGAGCGGCUUAAGAAGGAGAAAGCAAAGGCCUUCCAUGCGCAGGCUGAGGCCAAGAAGAAAAAGUGAAGAGAAGAGGGGCUUGGCUUGCUUUGGUGUCGUUGACUCCAGAUGGCUGGAGCAUCAGGGUUGAUGAGGGGCGUUGACGAUGGAGAGGCUGGUGUGUUUGUGAAGUUUUGCGGUUUCGAAAUGUGGUGCGUUUUGUUACCGGUAUGUGAGCAGCUGCCUUAGUGAUGUGUGUGUUCAGAAAACUGGCCGCGAGUUUGAGAGGUUGGAGUGCAGGAUCGAAUGAGAGUGCAUGCAUGCAUUUGCGGGUACCGCGUAGACAGGUUUGAGAGACGAGCGAGUUGUGCGAUUGGACGUUAUGACUCUAGGGGGGCGAUGUGAGACAUUGGGAGUGGGGAGUGGGUAGGAGGUGCUGGGUGCAGAGUUGUCGUGCGAACGGCAAGCAUCAACAACAGCAGCCCAACACAGGGCUGGCUUCGACGUUGUUGGCUCGACAGGUGUCAUGUUGCGACUGUGGCAGUGCCUGCUGGGGUGAAAUGGCAUUGCGGUGUGGCCGCUGAGGGACAUUUACGGGACGGUUCUUGGCUCGCAAAGUCACCUGUUUGUGGAGCGCCAGGAAGGGCGCUGCCGUACUGCUUUUCAGGAUGUUUCCACCGCCGUAUGCGGCAGGGAUGCAUGACAGCUCUGCUUGCUGUACCACCAAGCAGAUGGUGGCGUGUUAUUGAAACCGAGUUGUGUCGCUAUGGCGCUACUUGCCUGCAGUGCGCGUGUAGGGGGCGGUGCAUGCGCAGUGGGGGUGGUAUGGUUGCCUAGCAGGCCCCCUGUACAGACUGUGGGUGCGUGUGAGUAGUCCUAACAUAGCUCUUGACUAGUCUUACCUG